AUGAGUGACUUUCUCAUCUUGCCUGGGCCGCAGGCCUUGUCGAAAUUCAGAGUUUCCAACUUGGUGCAAGAGUUGGAGAAGAACUUGAACCAGCAUGGAGUCAUCGCCAGCGUUCUGUCCGCAUACACCCACUAUGUGUCUUUGAAGGAGGAUUUGACUCCUGCUCAAUUGCAGUUGACGCAAAUCUUGUUGACUUAUGACUCUCCUGUUGAUUUAGCCGUCGAGGCGAACAAGACGUUGCAGGAGUUGGUGGUCGUCUCUGGCGAUGAGCAGGGCGCAGAACUGAAGUUUCUGGCUUUGAACAAGUCUACGGUGCUUGUAAGGGUCUUGCCCAGACCAGGUACGAUCUCGCCUUGGUCUUCGAAGGCCACUGAUAUCUCCAACAUCGUUGGUUUGGGCGACAAGAUUGAGAGAAUCGAAAGAGGUAUCAGUCUUUUGAUCUCUGCCACCGAGGGGUUUGACUUGUUGCAGGCUUUGUCUUCUCGUGGUGGCGAGAUCUUGACAUCUGUCUACGACAGAAUGACUCAACUGCUCUACAUCAACGGCAACGCUCCCAAGCACGAUGAUUUGUUCGCUCACCACGAACCUAAACCUUUAGUUACCGUGGACAUCACUUCGUCGCCUGAGAACCUUGCUAAAGCCAAUGUCGAGCUUGGUUUGGCUCUUGACAAGGGCGAAGUGGACUACUUGAUCAAUGCCUUCACGAAAAUCAUUGGCAGAAACCCUACUGACGUUGAGCUCUUCAUGUUCGCUCAGGUCAACUCUGAACACUGCAGACACAAGAUUUUCAACGCUGACUGGACCAUUGACGGCGUCAAAAAGGACUUGUCUUUGUUCAAAAUGAUCAGAAACACUCAUAACAAAAACCCUCAGUAUACUGUGUCUGCUUACUCUGACAACGCUGCAGUCUUUGAGGGCCCUAUGGGUUACCUUUUCACUCCUGACUUCGUCACAAAGGAAUGGACAUCCAUCAAGGAGAGCGUUUUCACUCUUGUCAAGGUGGAGACUCACAACCACCCUACAGCUGUGUCUCCAUUCCCUGGUGCUGCCACUGGUUCUGGUGGUGAAAUCAGAGAUGAAGGUGCUGUUGGUCGUGGAUCCAAGUCUAAAGCAGGUUUGUCUGGUUUCUCUGUAUCUGACUUGAACAUUCCUACGUUGCCUCAGCCUUGGGAGCGUGACAUCGGCAAGCCAAAGCAUAUCGCUUCUUCUUUGGACAUCAUGAUCGAGGCUCCAAUUGGCUCUGCCGCUUUCAACAACGAGUUUGGAAGACCUGCCAUCAACGGUUACUUCAGAACGUUAACCACAGAAGUGAAGAACCACAAGGGUGAAAACGAGUUUAGAGGUUUCCACAAGCCUAUCAUGUUAGCUGGUGGUAUGGGUGCCAUCAGACCUGAUUUGGCGUUGAAAAACACUAAAAUUACGCCCGGCUCUCACCUUAUUGUUCUUGGUGGGCAGUGUAUGUUGAUCGGAUUGGGUGGAGGUGCUGCCUCUUCUGUAUCUUCUGGUGAGGGUUCCGCAGAGCUCGAUUUCGCUUCCGUCCAGAGAGGUAAUCCUGAAAUCCAGAGAAGAGCCCAGCAGGUCAUCGACGCUUGUGUCUCUCUUGGAGCUGAGAAGAACCCUAUCCAGUCUAUUCACGAUGUUGGUGCUGGUGGUUUGUCAAAUGCUUUGCCGGAGUUGGUUCAUGACAAUGACUUGGGUGCCAAGUUUGAAUUGAGAUCUAUCUUGUCUCUCGAGCCUGGUAUGUCUCCAAUGGAGAUCUGGUGUAAUGAGUCUCAGGAGAGAUACGUCAUGGGUGUUGCUCCAGAGAACUUGGAAUUGUUUAAGAGCAUCUGUGAAAGAGAGAGAGCUCCAUUUGCUGUUGUUGGCGAGGCCACUGAGGAACAGAGAUUGGUGUUGACUGACUCUUUGUUGAAGACAACCCCUAUCGAUAUUGACAUGUCUGUCUUGUUCGGUAAGCCACCUAAGAUGUCGAGAGAAGCUGCUACCCAGAACUUGCAGUUGACUCCUUUCACCACGUCCGGCUUAUCCAUUGAGGAAUCCGUGCAGAAUGUUUUGCAGCUCCCAGCUGUGGGCUCUAAAAAUUUCUUGAUCACCAUUGGUGACAGAUUUGUCACUGGGUUGGUGGACCGUGACCAGAUGGUUGGCCCUUGGCAAGUUCCUGUUGCUGAUGUUGGUGUGACUGCAACCUCUCUCGGUGACACUGUCUUGGUGACUGGUGAAGCCAUGGCUAUGGGUGAAAAGCCAACUUUGGCCUUAAUCUCUGCCUCUGCUUCCGCCAAGAUGGCUGUCGCUGAGUCGUUGCUCAACAUCUUUGCUGCUGAUAUCCCUGCCCUCGAUAGAGUGAAAUUGUCUGCCAACUGGAUGUCUGCAGCUUCACACGAUGGCGAGGGCGCCAAGUUGUACGAGGCUGUUCAAGCUGUUGGUUUGGACUUGUGCCCUGACUUGGGAGUCUCCAUUCCAGUCGGUAAGGAUUCGAUGUCUAUGAAGAUGAAGUGGGAUGAUAAGGAAGUCACUGCGCCUUUGUCGUUAUGUAUCACUGCAUUCGGUCCUGUCACGAACACAUCCAAGACAUGGACGCCUCAGCUCAAGUUUUCUGGAGAGGACACCGUCUUGGUCUUGGUUGACUUGGCGAAGGAUGUCAAGAAGGCGCUUGGCGGAUCUGCUUUAGCACAGGUAUACAAGGAAGUUGGUGAUGUUGCCCCUACUGUUCACUCUCAUGAGCUCUUGAAGGGCUUUUUGGAAUCGUUGAUUGCCUUACACAAAAAUGUUGACGUCUUGGCUUACCACGACAGAUCCGAGGGUGGUUUGCUUACCACUGUUGCUGAGAUGGCAUUUGCUGGAAGAUGUGGUGCCCAAAUCAACCUUCCAGAGAGUGAGGACGCAUUGACCGAAUUGUUCAACGAAGAACUUGGUGCUGUCUUCCAGAUCAGAUCGUCUGACCUUGAGAAGUUCGUCAAAGUCUUGGGCGACAAUAAUGUCGGUGAGAAAUAUGUAUCUGUGAUUGGUAAGCCAACCAAGGAGCAAGUUAUUCAGUUCAAGCAGAACGGUGAAACUGUCUAUGAGAACACAAGAGCUACCUUGCAAAAGUUGUGGAGCAACACCUCUUUCCACAUACAGAAGCUCAGAGACAAUCCACAAACAAGUACUGAGGAAUACGAGGCCAUUGCUGACGACGCAGACCCUGGUUUGUCGUACCUGUUGACAUUCGAUCCAAAGAACUUCAACAUCCCUCAAGGUGAGAAGAAGCCCAAGGUGGCUAUUUUGAGAGAACAGGGUGUGAACUCGCAGCAGGAGAUGGCUUGGUCUUUCUCUCAGGCCGGUUUCGAUGUCUACGAUGUGCACAUGUCCGACAUCUUGAAUGGUAAAGUUACUUUGGAUGAGUUUACGGGCUUUGCCGCCUGUGGUGGUUUCUCGUACGGUGAUGUGCUCGGUGCUGGCGCUGGUUGGGCCAAGUCUGUAUUAUUCAACGAAAAGGCCAGAGAGGAGUUCAGAAAGUUCUUCAAUGACAGAGAUGAUACUUUCGCCUUUGGUGCUUGUAACGGUUGUCAGUUCUUGAGCAGAAUCGCUGAGUUGAUUCCAGGGACCGAGCACUGGCCUACUUUCGAGAGAAACUUGAGUGAACAAUACGAAGCCAGAUACGUUAUGGUGGAAGUUGAAGCAUCUCAGGACAACAAGUCUAUCUUUUUGCAGAAGCUCAAGGGCUCGAAGUUGCCUAUUGUAGUUGCCCAUGGUGAAGGUAGAGCUGCCUUUGAGGACCAAGCAAGACAAGAGGCUUUCAUCAAUGACGACAAGCAGUCUGUGAUCAGGUACGUUGACAACUACGGUAAUGUCGCCAAGACAUACCCAUUCAACCCUAAUGGGUCACCUGAAGGUAUUGCUGGUAUUUCAAAUGCCAACGGCAGAGUGUUGGCGAUGAUGCCUCACCCAGAAAGAACCACGAGAUUAGAGUCUAACUCUUACUACCCAUCAGAGAAGUACGCCGAGUGGGAAGGUUACGGUCCAUGGAUUGGUUUGUUCAAAUCCGCCAGAGAAUGGGUCGCUGAAAAGUUUUAG